GCGAAGCUCAGCCAAUCCUUCGAGACUGCUCUCCGAAAAAGCGGCCUUCUCUUGAGGCUCAGAACGUUAGUUGGUGGGCUUGGUUCCCACGAGGCGGGACUAAUGCCUCCCAUUGGUUGUUGGUGCUGCUGAUCAUAGUCUUUGGGCUAUUGCUUCUUCACUCUUUGUCUCUGGGCUCCUGUUGUCUGGGUGAAUGGUGGAGACGCGGCAGCGCAUUGGUCUCCGGAAGUGCCUUAGAAAGCUGUCUCCAUUGGUCGAGUUUCGAGAAGCAGCCCCUGAUUGGUGGCGAUCUGACGCAACUCCGUUGCUGAUUGGCUGAGAGGCUCCGAAGCUCGGUAGCUGUGAGCCCGGAUAGCGAUGGCGGCGGUAGCAGCUAUGGUCUGGGCCGGGGCUGUGGUGGUUGCGGCCCGGAAAGCAGUGGCAGGCUGGCCGGCGGAGGAGGUGGCACCCUGCCCGGGCCUGUAGGCAGCGGCAUGGAGCGGGCCGGUUCCGGGAACGGCAGUCGCGAAACUUGGGGGGCUCUCCGGGUGCGGCAGCUUAGAGAGCUGUGCCCGGGAGUGAACAAUCAGCCCUAUGUCUGUGAGAGUGGCCACUGUUGUGGAGAAACUGGCUGCUGCACCUACUACUAUGAGCUCUGGUGGUUCUGGCUGCUUUGGACCAUCCUCAUCCUCUUUAGCUGCUGCUGUGCCUUCCGCCAUCGUAGAGCCAAACUCCGCCUGCAGCAGCAACAACGCCAGCGUGAGAUCAACCUGUUAGCCUAUCAUGGAGCCUACCAUGGAAGUGUCCCUGGCUCAGGGGGCUCCAUGCUUGACUUACGUGUUCUCACCUCUUUCAAGCUUCCUGCCUAUGAGGAUGUAGCUUGCCGCCCUGGAACUCCACCUCCCCCAUACAGCGUGGCCCCUGGGCCCCCAUCACCCAGCACCAGUGACUGCACCAGCUGUUCCUGUGCCUCCAGCUGUCCCCCCUCCCCACCUGGUCCUGUAGGAGUCUCUUCCAGGACCCACCCACAGGGGGUAGAAUGGGAGAGUGAGGCUGGAGUGGUUGCCCAGGGUCAGCCUGGGGAUGUGAGGGAAGGAGAGAGUCCAGCAUGCCCAAAUCGGUCCUGCCGCCAUCGAAGGCUGACUGGGGAUUCAGGAAUUGAGCUGUGUCCUGGCACCUGCCAUGGUUUAGUUGACCAGGGUCCUGCCAAACUGGGGUGGGCAGAGCCACUCCCACUCCAGGGUAGCAGUGUCUGUUCCAUAAAUUCAGCCCUUGCCGAUCCUGUUCCCUGCGAAUUCCCAGUCUCCUCGGAAGGGCCUGGGCCCAGGCAGAGCUGUGCUCUGUGAGGUCCUGGAACUUGGGUCACUCAUCCCUGAUGGCGUCAGCCAGAAAGGGGUUAGGAAAGUCUGGGCCCUGGGGGAAGGGAUUCUGGCUGUGGCAAUUACAUAUAGGAAAAGAGUGGUGGUUGCCGUCCCAUACACAUACUCAACACCUCAGGUUUCCUUAUUAAAGAGAUUUAACUAGC